AUGGCCAGCUCACUUAUCGGCAAUAGAAAUACAUACAUUGUGACCAAGAAACUAAGUGAAUACUUCUGGCUGGCAAAGUAUGAACGCUCCCUCCAUUCAACGUUGAUCGAGUCUCAUUCAACCAACAGAAGCAAAUCCGAGCAAACUGUAUUGAUAAAAAGCGCUCGUCAUCCACACAUCGCUAAUGAGCGAAACGUUCUAAAGAAAUUCCAGUCACAUACUGCUUCUCUACGGCCAUUAGUUGACGAAAUCAAAGAGCCAGAUGAUCCACCAGCCAUUGUAUUAAAAUACCUGGAUGACGACCUGCUUAAAGCUUCAGCUGCAAAAAGACUUACCAUACCAGAGAUAAAGUACGUAUCGAAGAAGAUCCUCGAGGGACUGAAGGUACUCCAUGACUCUGGGUAUGUCCAUACAGACAUCAAGCUCGACAACGUGCUGGUGAAUUAUGGCCUUGAAUCGCGCUUUACAGAUGUCCAACUAGCCGACCUAGAGAGCACAGUCCACACUGAGUCACGACUCUGCAUAAAUCGGGAUGAAAUCGGUACUCCAAUUUGGCGAAGCCCUGAAGCCCAGCUCGGUCUACAAUGGGGUCCACCGACUGACAUAUGGUCAUUCGGCACAAUGGUAUCUCAUCUUCCACCUCAACUUGUACACUUGCUGAUAUACAUCUCAAAGCUCAUAUCUCUCAUUUGGGGUGAUAAUUUCUUCAUCUUCAAGCCUGAUGUGCCUCGUUCCAGUGAAGAUUAUGAACUAAAAAUACUGAUAAAGUAUCACAUUUUCUUCGGACCGUAUCCGUCAUCGUAUUCGGAUCUUGCUGAUGAAGAAACAUUGGAAAUAUUAUCCUGGAUCAAGAGCGCCAUACCGCCCACGGCGAUGAAGCCCUUUUCGAGGGCUAGUCGUCGGGAGAUUUCAGAAGAAGACAAGAACUUCAUUUGUAAGAUAAUGAAACUUGAUCCUCGGGACAGACCUACGGCAAACGAGCUUUUGGAUGCUGAAUGGUUUUAUGGGAUUUUAAUCUGCAAUGAUGGAAGGAUGAGAUUGUAUUAUGUUCAUAGAGUCAUGUGCUUUUGAUUUCUAUAGAAGGGAUAUUUACAUAGUUA